AUGACUUUUCGAGAAAUGCAGUGUAGACAUGUCCACAGUAUUUGGUUUAGACGUGAAAUUCAUACCAUCGAUAAAAUUUAUAAAGUAGUGUCUGAUGACGACAGUUUACCAGCUAUAUCGCGAACCAAUUUAUACAAACUUAUAAGAGAUCUAGAUUUCCGUUAUCGUAAGAGUAGUCGUAAUAGUGCUUUAACCGAAAAAAACGAAAUCGUUGUAUGGCGUAGACGAUAUUUACGGACAAUACGAAAAUACCGAGAACAAGAUCGUCACAUUUAUUAUUUAAACGAGACAUGGGUAAAUGCUGGCGAAUGCCCAAAUAAGGUAUGGGUCUAUUCAACAAUACAAUCCCACAGUGAUACAUUCCUUAAGGGGCUCACAACCGGUGCUCCGAACUCAAUUGGCAAAGGUAAACGCCUUAUUGUUCUACACAUCGGUUCUGAAGAUGGAUUUGUUCCCGGUGAGUUGUUAUGA